GUAAGUUCUUCAAACGUCUUUUCGCGUCUUCUUUCUUGUCAUGUCGGUUGCUCUCAUCUGUAUCCUCUUCUAUGUCUACCACCUCGUUCUCACUGAUGAAGCAGAGAAAAGCAAAGAACAUUCAGCUAUUGCACCGGAUUUCCGUCACGCUCAGCCGGAAAAUGACGUUGGAUAUAAGCAAAACGAUGUUCACCUACAUCUGGCCAUAGAAAAAGGAAACAUCGAAGAAAAGAAUGCAAGUUUGAAUAUUAGAGAUAUUUAUAACAAUACUCCACUACAUAUUGUAAUAUCUAAUGGGAACCUUAAUGUUGUUAAAGCACUUAUGGAUCAUGGUGCCAACAUCAACGCUAAAGGAAAUUCCAAUAUGAGACCGCUGCAUAUUGCUGCUCAGAAAGGAUAUGAAAGUAUUGUCAAUUUACUAUUGGAAAAGAAGGCAAGAUUAGGUAUUAGAGAUAUUUAUAACAAUACUCCACUACAUGAAGCAGUAUCUAAUGGGAACGUUAAUGUUGUUAAAGCACUUAUGGAUCAUGGUGCCUACAUGAACGCUAAAGGAAAUUCCAAUAUGAGACCGCUGCAUAUUGCUGCUCAGAAAGGAUAUGAAAGUAUUGUCAAUUUACUAUUGGAAAAGAAAGCUAGAUUAGGUAUUAGAGAUAUUUAUAAUAAUACUCCACUACAUGAUGCAGUAUCUAAUGGGAACCUUAAUGUUGUUAAAGCACUUCUAGAUCAUGGUGCCAACAUCAACGCUAAAGGAAAUUCCAAUAUGAGACCGCUGCAUAUUGCUGCUCAGAAAGGAUAUGAAAGUAUUGUCAAUUUACUAUUGGAAAAGAAAGCAAGAUUAGGUAUUAGAGAUAUUUAUAACAAUACUCCACUACAUGAAGCAGUAUCUAAUGGGAACGUUAAUGUUGUUAAAGCACUUAUGGAUCAUGGUGCCUACAUGAACGCUAAAGGAAAUUCCAAUAUGAGACCGCUGCAUAUUGCUGCUCAGAAAGGAUAUGAAAGUAUUGUCAAUUUACUAUUGGAAAAGAAAGCAAGAUUAGGUAUUAGAGAUAUUUAUAACAAUACUCCAAUACAUGUUGCAGUAUCUAAUGGGAACCUUAAUGUUGUUAAAGCACUUCUGGAUCAUGGUGCCAACAUCAAUGCUAAAGGAAAUUCCAAUAUGAGACCGCUGCAUAUUGCUGCUCAGAAAGGAUAUGAAAGUAUUGUCAAUUUACUAUUGGAGAAGAACGCAAGUUUGGAUAUUAGAGAUAUUUAUAACAAUACUCCAAUUCAUGUUGCAGUAUCUAAUGGGAGUUUAAAUAUUGUUAAGGCACUUUUAGAUCAUGGGGCUAACAUCAACGCUAAAGGAAAUUCCAGUAUGACACCGCUGCAUAUUGCCGCUUUCGGGAGAUAUGAAGCUAUUGUUAAUUUCUUGUUGGAGAGGAAUGCUAGUUUGGAUGUAAGAGAUCUGGAUAAUGACGCUCCAGUGCAUACAGCAGUAAAGGGUGGACAAUUGAAUAUUGUUAAGGCACUUCUUGAUCAUGGUGCUGAUAUCAAUAGUGAAGGGAAUUUAGGUAGAACGCCGCUACAUUUUGCAGCUAUGAAAGGUUAUGAAAACAUUGCAGAUUUGCUGCUGUUGGAUAACGCAAGUGUUGUUAUUGGUGACGCAAUUAAUUACACUGCAUUACAUGACGCAGUAUUUCACGGGAAUUUGGAUAUUGUUAAGAAACUUCUCGAUCAUGGUGCCGUUGUCGAUGGUAAGGGAUUGUUCGGUUGGACACCGCUACAUUUGGCAGCACGGAAGGGCUUUGAAAAUAUUGUUGAUUUGCUUUUAUCGAGAAACGCAAGUGUGGAUAUAAGAAAUAUCCAUGAUAAUGCUCCAAUACAUGAAGCUGUGAUUGGUGGGAAAUUGAAUGUUGUUAAGGUACUUCUCGAUUAUGGUGCUAAUAUUAAUAGUAAGGGAAAUUUCGGAUCUACGCCACUCCACAUUGCUGCUAACCUGGGUUAUGAAAAUAUUGUUAAUUUAUUGUUGGAGAGGAAUGCAAGUUUGUAUGUAAGAGAUAAUUACAAUGACGCCCCAAUACAUCGAGCAAUGAAGAGUGAUAAAUUGAAUGUUGUUAAAGCACUCUUAGAUCAUGGUGCUGAUAUCAAUGCUAAAGGAAAUUUCAGCAGAACGCCUCUACAUAUUGCAUCUAUGAUGGGGUACGAAAAUAUUACUGAUUUGCUGUUGUCGAGAAAUGCAAGUUGGGACACACGAGAUAUGUAUAAUAACACUCCAAUAUAUGAUGCAGUGGCUUAUGGUAAUCUGAACGUUGUCAUGGCAUUAUUAGAUCAUGGCGCUACUACAGAUAGUAAGGGUAAUUUCGGAUCGACACCUCUCCAUAUUGCUGCUAGGCAAGGCCACGAAAAUAUUGUUAAUUUACUGUUGGAGAGGAAUGCAAGUGUGAAUGUAAGAGAUAUGUAUAACGGAACAGUAAUGAAUGAAGCAGUAUCUUAUGGGUAUCUGAAUAUUGUUAAGGAGCUUUUAGACCACGGUGCUAAUAUUAAUAGUCGAGGAAUUACCGGUAGAACCCCUCUCCAUAUUGCUGUUACUAAAAAUUAUGAAAGUAUUUUGUACUUGCUAUUAUCGAGGAAUGCGAGUUUAGAUAUUAGAGACUCUUCUCAAAACGCUGCGAUACAUAGGGCAGUAAUGACAGGAAACUUAGAUGUGAUUAUCCUACUUAUGGAUCACGGUGCGAAUGUUAAUAUGAUCGGAGCUACGGGAAAUACACCGCUUUUUUUUGCAGUGAGAUUCAAAUUCAACAACGCCAGAAGAAACCAACACCUGGAAAAGACCAUCAUCACUCUCAUGAAGACUCUUAUAGCGCGUGGGGCUGAUGUGAAUUCACAAAAUAGGAGAGGUCAUACAGUGCUACACGAAGCUACCAACUUGGGUUAUGUUGCCGUCGUUCAAUAUUUGCUGUCUCAGAAUGCCAGUUUAGGAAUUCAAGAUUAUUUUUGCUUUACUCCUCUCCAUUGGGCUGCUAAUAAUCAAAAUAUGAACUUAAUAAAGGUCUUGUUGAAUAAUGGCGAUGAAAUCGACAGAGUAGGUUGUUAUAACAUUACAGCUUUGUACUUAGUCAUUGAAAGAAACAACAUUAUAAUAACUGAGUUUCUUUUAUCUGAGAAUGCUGACCCAAACAUCAUGAGCGACGAGGGGAGAACCCCUCUGGACGUAGCCUUCUUAAAAUCAUCAGAAGUAUUGAUAAAAUUACUUUUAAAACACGGUGCAAAAGUCGAAGAUGGAAGUUUCUUAGGAUCGAAAAUAUUAUUUGAUGCGAUUUUGAAAAAAAAUCUGGAUCUUGCAGAGCUUUUAUUGAACAGAGCAAUACAUUUUGAAUCUUACCCAACUGAUAUACUUAACUAUGCCAUCGGAAUGACGCACCUAGAAGGAGUCGAACUGCUCAUCGCAUUCGGAGCAAAUAUAGAAAAGAAGGACGUCCACGGUAAUCUUCCUCUAUCUACAGCCGACGAUGAAGUUGAGAUCCACAAAUUAGCAGCACUGCACAUUGCUUCUUACUAUGGCCUCACGGAAAUAGUGGAGUUGUUGAUAUCAAAUGGGGCUUCAUUGGAAGUAAGAGACGAAUAUGGACGUACGCCACUCCAUUAUGCGUGUAAAGAAGAGUAUGUAGAAGUUGUGAAAUCUCUUUUAGAUUCUGGAGCAGAUAAGAAUUCUGCAGAUAUCAACGGUACGACUCCCUUGCACAUCGCCUGUCGACUUGGCUCAUUUUCAAUAGCCCAAUUACUGCUUGCCGAUCCUCCAGCUGACUUUGAACUUAUUGAUAAUGAUGGAUACACUCCGCUUCAUUAUGCAGCUGUUAUCGGUUCCCAGGAAAUAGUGAAGUUGCUACUAAAUCUCGACGCUAACAAAGAAGCGAAAAUCAAAGAUUUGAAAACUCCAUUACAUCUUGCUAUUCUUGAAGGUCACAGAGAAAUCGUUGAGAUCUUAUUGAAGGCAGGAGCGAACUCGGAAGCUGGAGAUUUUGAUGGCAACACGCCACUGCAUUUCGCCGCAAGAGAAAGACAUUCGGAUGUGGUAGAACAAAUACUUGGUUUUAGGUCUUUUAUAGACGCUAGAAACAAAUACGGGAAUACCCCACUUCACCUGGCUUGUGAAAGGCAUGUUAGUUCCUUCCUUGAAGAAUUAAGUGAAGUAGACAUCGUAAGGACGCUUUUACACUAUAAUUAUUCCGUUGAUGCAUUUAAUUACAAGCUGAUGAGACCUUUACAUAUUGCGUCGAGAGACGAUUCCUCAGGAUGUGUAGAAAUGCUCCUGUCAAAUGGAGCCAAUCCUUUUUCCCAAGAUGAGUUUCUAAAUCACCCAAUACAUUACGCUGCAUUAAAUGGACAUUUGAAUAUAGUGUCUAUUUUACUGAAGAAAAAUUUUAGACUUAGCACUACAGUUAAUAGAGAUGAGGAAACUCCUUUAUUCUUGGCGUCCAGGGAAGGCCAUACUAAGGUCGUAUCGCUGCUUUUAAAGUAUGGAGUCGGAGGUUUUACGCCUGAUGUGAAUGGAAGAACUGCUCUUCACCGCAGCGCUGCCAGAGGUCACUUCGAGAUAGUAAAACUUCUUCGAAAUCACCGAGCAAAUAAGGAUAAAGAAGACAAAUGGGGCUUCGCAGCAAUCAACUACGCAGCUUCUUGGAAAGGACACCAAGAAGCCACAGGAUACCUUUCCGUCUCCUUAAGCAACGGUUUUGACUACUGA